AGGGGAUACGGUUGGCUAGUUGAGGGAAGUGAGCUGGCUUUCCCCUCCCUUCUCGGUGAGAGAUGUUGGUGAGGUUUGAGAUGAGAAGAGAGAGAGAGUAAGCGAGCUUUUUUUUACAUGAGAGAGAGAGAGAGAGAGAGAGAGAGAGAGAGAGGGAGGGAGAGAGCAAUCAAACAGAACAGCGCCAGAGUCCAACAACCAAGCAGAGUAUUUAGGAGUCCAACGAUCUCUCUAUCUUCUGUUGUUCUCGUGCUUUAUCUGGCUUCUGGUUUGUUCUGGAUCUCAGGAGAUCCACUCCAUCCCGCUUCUGCCCUCUCUCCGAUAACCACUCCGAUCGACUCCGCGGACAUCUAAUGCUGGAUUUGGUUUCGGAGAGGAGUGGAUGAAUGAGCGAAUGGAUCCCGCCCCAACCAGCAGCGGCCAAGCCACCGCCAGUAGCUCCACUGGGCCGCCGGAUGCUGCAGCCGGCGGCGGCAUGCCCACUGAGUUCCCCGCCGGCUUGCGAGUUCUCCUCGUCGAUGAUGACGCCACUUGCCUCAAGAUCAUCGAGAUGAUGCUCCGCAAGUGCCACUACGAUGUGACUACAUGUUCGUGCGCGGUGACGGCGCUCUCCAUGCUUCGCGAGAGGAAGGGGUGGUUCGACCUGGUCCUCAGCGACGUCUACAUGCCGGACAUGGACGGGUUCAAGCUGCUCGAGCACAUCGGAUUGGAGAUGGACCUCCCUGUCAUCAUGAUGUCGGCUGACGAUCACAAGGACGUGGUCAUGAAGGGUGUCACCCACGGCGCCGUGGAUUACCUUAUAAAGCCUGUGAGAAUCGAGCCAUUAAAGAAUAUAUGGCAGCACGUGGUGAGGAAGAAGCGGUUCGAAUUGAAAGAGUUGGAGCAUUCGGGGAGUUUCGAGGAGAACCAAAGGGAGAGUGAAAGGCACAAAAGGGCUAUGGAGGAAUGUGACAAUGCGACCUCCGGAUGUGGUGAGAAUUUGAAGAACAUAAAGAGAAAGAAGGAAGGAAAGGAGGAGGACGAACAGGAUGUUGAUGAGCAGGCAGAUCCUUCCCAGACGAAGAAACCAAGAGUGGUGUGGUCUUCAGAACUGCACCAACAAUUUGUGACCGCUGUCAACCAAUUGGGCAUUGAUAAAGCAGUUCCAAAGAAAAUUCUUGAAUUGAUGAAAGUCGCUGGGCUUACUCGGGAAAAUGUUGCUAGUCACCUGCAGAAAUAUCGCUUGUAUUUGAGGAGAUUAAGUGUUCCACAGCAUCAGGACAGACUUGACGGACCUUUCACAAGUGCUCAAGAUGCAACAUUUCGGUCAGUUGGUACAGUUGAUGGCUUUGAUCUCCAAGCUCUCGCUGUUUCUGGUCAGCUUCUGCCACAGAAUCUAUCAGCUCUGAGUUCUGGUUCAAGGAGAGUGACUAAUACUGGCUUAAGAAUGCCUGUUUUUGAUCAAAUGGGUUUUCUGAAUUCUGGCAAUGCUUCAAGUACAAGGUCUGCAUCGGUACAGCAAAUGAACAGAGGUCUCGGUUACUUCUCUGGGUUUUCCAACAGUAUUGAGUCAAGACAGUUAGGGCAGUCACACCAAUUGGUUGAACCAUAUGGAAAUAUGUGUUCACAAGUUGGGGAAGAAAUAUCAGGUUUGUUGAACUUACCAUCUCCUCAGACAACAAGAUCCUCAUUGCCAGGAGGCAUCAGCAAUGAACAAGUAAACAGGUCUUUAAUUAUGCAUAUGUCUCAGCAAGGACAACAAUUCUCUCUCUCUCAGCAACAUGAGAAUUUUCAUGGGCAGCCUUUUCCAAGGGGACAAAUAUUCAAUGGCAUUGGAGGGCACGACUCUAGGCUCUCUUCAAAAUUUGGGUACCAAAUGUCUCCGAAUGAUAUUUCAAGUCAUAUAUCAGGAAGGACUGCUAAUAUUGCACAAACACCCAUGCCUGGAAAUCACAUUAGUGCUUCAUAUAGUUCAGUCCCUGAAGCUCUCUAUGCUAACAAUAUCCAUGAUAGCUGCCUAACUGAAUCAGCUGCAAGUCAUUAUCCUCUUGCUAGUAGCAUUGGAGAUACACCAACAACUGGAAAUGUAGAAGCAUUAAGCAAUACCAGCAGCCUUAAGGGAGUGACUGACCUUUCAAACUGUAAUAUCUAUAGUGAACUUCGUCAGAACAAAACUCAAGACUGGAAAUUAAAGACUGUUAAUAUUUCAUAUCAGUCAGGUCAAAACCUUGCUCCCAAGCAAAAUAAUGCUGAUUUUGGUUCUUCACUUGUAGCACAUCAAGAUUCCAUAGCUACCGUACAAGAUGAAAGUAGUAGGAAUACAUGCACAGUAAGAAAGGAGAUACUCUCAGUAACAACAGAAAUUGAGAAUGAGAAAAUUGAAUGUGUUGCUCAACGCAAUAGUACCAUCCUAGUUGAGAACUCCAUCAGAUUAAAGUCUGAAAGCAUGCCUGAUAUCAAGCAUCAAGAAGUAUUGUAUGAUAAUAUUAUUUCGAAUGAUCUCAUGGAUGUUGGAAAGCAGCAGCAAGAAGGCAUUGAGCAGGAUGAUCCUGAGUUUUUCGAUGCAUAUUCGUUGGAAAAUAUUCCAAUGUGAUUUAUUCUGUUCUCUUAUCCUAGAACAGCGACACGAACUCAGGAUCCUUUAAGCAUUAAAGUAAGCUUCUUUUUAAAAUUGAAUGACAGUGAAGAGAAUCAUGUUGCUGCCUGAAGAUCUUUAACCUGGGAAACAAGUGUCUCGGAGUUGCAUGCUUGGUGUAUCCUCAACGGUAUCAGGACUGAUAUUAUAGGACCGAAGAUGGCAACAAGUAUGUGAAGACAUCCCUUAGAAGUUUUUGGUUUUUUUUUUUUCUGUGUUCAUACUAACAAUGCAGGAAUUAAGUGAUGAAGGAUAUUAAUUAAUCUUUUUCUUCUAAUGAGUUGUUUGGUGCUUUAGGAAACGGAAUCGUCUAGUAGUCUUUUGGAGUUCUGAGAGUCCAAUAAAUAGCUCCUUGUUGGUAUAGUAACAAUAACCAUGUACAGGUUUCAUUUCAUUCAUCAGUUUAAUCUAAUUUCUUUUUAUCUCAA